AUGGCUGCCAAUCAAGAGUUGGCAGAACUGGGUGAAGAAGAAUGGAGGUGUUUGGGAUGCGGGGAGAGCAUCGCAGCUGGGCAGAGGCUCUACAGGACUGUGAAGGAAGCGUGGCACACCUCUUGCUUCCGCUGCUCUGAAUGCCAGGACCUCCUCACCCACUGGUACUAUGAGAAAGGUGGGAAGCUGUACUGCCACAAGGACUACUGGAGGAAAUUUGGAGAAUCCUGCCACGGCUGCUCCCUGCUCAUGACGGGGCCCGUCAUGGUGGCCGGAGAGUACAAGUACCACCCGGAGUGCUUCGCCUGCAUGAACUGCAAGGUGAUCAUCGAGGACGGCGACACGUACGCCUUGGUCCAGCACUCGGUGCUCUAUUGUGGUAAAUGCCACAACCAGAUUGUGCUCACGCCCAUGAUCGAGAGGCUGACCACGGAAUCGCUCUGCGACCAGCUGCCCUACACGCUGACCCUCGUCUCCAUGCCUGCAGCCACGGACGGCAAGCGGGGGUUCACGGUGGCCGUGGAAAGCAGCUGCUCCACCUACGCCACUAGCGUCCAAGUGAAGGAGGUCAACCGAACGCACAUUAGCCCUGAUGUCCGAAAUGCCAUUCACCCUGGAGACCGAAUCCUGGAGAUAAACGGAUCCCCCGUCCGCACGCUACAGACGGAAGAGGUGGAGGACCUGAUCUGCCAGGCCAGCCAGAGCCUGCAGCUGCUGAUCGAGCACGACCCCGUCUCUCAGCGCCUGGACCGGCUGCGGCUGGAUUCCCGCCUCCCCGGGCACGCGAAGAAGCCCUCGUCUCCCUGCCCCAUUUCUGCCUUGGGCCUUAAGGAGAACCUGGAAGGGACGCUCCGGAGGCGUUCUCUCAGGCGCAGCAACAGCAUCUCCAAGUCCCCCGGCCCCAGCUCCCCGAAGGAGCCGCUCCUCCUGAGCCGAGACAUCAGCCGCUCGGAAUCGCUUCGCUCCACGACCAGCGGCUCCCAGCAGAUCUUCCGUCCCUGCGACCUGAUCCACGGGGAAGUCCUGGGCAAAGGGUUCUUCGGCCAAGCUAUCCAGGUGACGCACAAAGCCACCGGGAAGGUGAUGGUGAUGAAGGAGCUGAUCCGUUGCGACGAAGAAACGCAGAAGACCUUCUUGACGGAGGUGAAGGUGAUGCGCAGCUUAGAUCAUCCCAACGUGCUGAAGUUCAUCGGCGUCUUGUACAAGGACAAGAAGCUGAACCUUCUCACGGAGUACAUCGAGGGGGGGACCCUGAAGGAUUUCCUCCGGAAUGUGGAUCCGUUCCCUUGGGAGCAGAAGGUCCGCUUUGCCAAAGGGAUCGCGGCUGGCAUGGCGUACCUGCACUCCAUGUGCAUCAUCCACCGUGACCUGAAUUCACACAACUGCCUUAUCAAACUGGACAAGACGGUGGUGGUGGCUGAUUUUGGCCUCUCCCGGCUGAUCGUGGAGGAAAAGAAGAAGCCCCCGCCCGAAAAGCCGCUCUCCAAGAAGCGGACCCUACGCAAGAGCGACCGGAAGAAGCGCUACACCGUGGUGGGGAACCCUUACUGGAUGGCCCCCGAGAUGCUCAACGGACAGAGCUAUGAUGAGACAGUGGACAUCUUUUCCUUUGGGAUUGUGCUUUGCGAGAUCAUCGGCCAGGUGUACGCGGACCCAGACUGCCUUCCCCGCACCCUGGAUUUCGGCCUCAACGUGAAGCUCUUCUGGGAGAAGUUUGUCCCCGUGGACUGCCCGCCGGCUUUCUUCCCUCUGGCGGCCGUCUGCUGUCGCCUGGAGCCAGAGAGCAGGCCCCCGUUUUCCAAACUGGAGGACUCUUUCGACGCCCUUUCCCUGUACCUGGGAGAACUGGGCAUCCCGCUUCCCUCUGAGCUGGAGGAACUGGAUCACAACGUCAGCUUGCAGUACGGGCUGCUCCGGGACAAGCCGCCUGGGAGCCUGACUUAGUUCUCCUCAGGGGACCCACCCUCGCUGUCCAGGGGUUGCCCCGGAGGGGCCGGCAGGGAAGACGAGACCCUUGUGGGGCCUUCAUGGGCUACGGCUCACCCUCGCCCGCUCGCCUCCCACGGCCUUCCUUCUGAGCCUCGUUACCUGUGGAUCCGGGGCGCACUCUUGCCGCUGGCUCCUUCCGGCCGGCUGCGUCACUACAGACACUCCGUUCGCUUCGGAAACACCGUUCCUGAGUCCCACUUUGGGGGCUGCCCCCCUUCUUGAUGGUGGCGGUCUCUGAACCUUGACCGAGACUGCAAAGGAGGGGGAGAGGAUCUGGGCUGCUUUGCUCUGGAGGCCAAGCUUUCCCGCUUGGGAGCCUUCAGCCACCUUCCCUGACCUGUUGGAAGGACAAGGAGCCGGAGGGAGGCUGCAAGCAACGGACCUCGACCUUCCCCCCCACCCAGUCCUGGGGGUUCGUCUCUCCUCGAAGGGCUCCAACGCCUUGCCCAGCCCAGUCUUCUCAUCCAAUCGCAACAUGACCACUUCUUCCAAGGAAAACACUACCCAAGUAGAUGGGAUCUGGAACCCCAUCAGCCCUCCGCCCUGUGGGGGCAAAAGGGGCCCAUGGGGUUGCAAAAAGGGGCGUGGGUCGCUCCUUGCACUCCCCCCCCCACACACUUCAGGAGGUUCUGCGUGGACCCGAAGCAGCUUUCUGUGUGAUGUUACCUGUGACAUGAAUGGCCACUUAAAAUCUGACCCUCCCUCCGUCCUUGGAAUGGGAGACCCUCUCCUCCUUUGGGGCCGCCAUGCGUCGGAGGGCUUCGGAUGCCCUCGCCGCCACUACCUCUGUCCUCCAUUUCAGGCCUCCCGUUUUCUCCCCACAGACUGAACCAGGAGCCGGUUCUGGGCUCUUGUGUCCCACACGUGCUUCCAGGACACGAGGAGGACGGAAGAGAGAACCUCUCGGGCCUCCCCGUCUUCCCCGUGGACGGCAGCCGGUCCCCCCCUCAGCUGCCUCUUUCUCCUCCUUUGAGGGCAUCGUCGAGAGCCAGGAGAAGCAGGAGACUGGAGGGCCACACCGGUCUUAAGGGCUUUUGGCCCCCCUCCCCAAAUUAGCCCUUCCUCCUUGGCUCUCCCUGUGAUCUCAGUGCUCAAGAGUUAAGCCUCGUGGUCAGGAGAGAGAGGCGUGAAAACCUGGAGCCCACCUGGCCCUCAGGCGAGUUUUCAUCACGUCAGAGUUAAGAAACGAUGGCUGCUCCGACUUGGCGCCAGGGAGCAGGCGGCUUUUUCUGUCUGCUGGACCUUUCGGUCCGAUUUUGCUCCCUUUCUCUCCCUCCCACCCAGCCCCCAAUUUAUGAAUUUGGGAGUCGGUGAAGAAGGGAGUCGAAACGUGGAUCACACACCCAAGAGAGGCUGGACUCUUCCAGUCACACGGCGAAACGUUUUUGUUCAAUUAAAAGCAAUAAACGUUAUCCUACAGAAACAAGUCAGGC